AUGGAUAUCGUUGUCCUCUUUGUUUAUGUGGAUGAUAUCGUCAUCACUGGCCUCACCAACACUACUUCGGUUGACACCCCUACGGAACUUAAUGUGAAAUAUCGACGUGACGAAGGUGAGCUUGUUGAGGAUCCUACUAUCUAUCGGAAGCUGGUUGGUAGUCUUAUCUAUCUAACCAUUACCCGACUAGACAUCUCUUAUGUUGUUCACACCGUCAGCAAGUUCAUGCAAGCCCCAAGGCAUCUCCAUCUAUCUGUCGUUCGCCGCUUAAUUCGCUACAUUCUUGGCACACCUAGUUGUGGCUUAUUCUUCCUUACAGGUUCUUCACUUCAGCUACAAGCCUAUAGUGACGCAAAUUAG